UCGAAAAGAUUCAUAAUCUUUUCAUACCCAAAAUUCAAAACAACGUAUAUGACAAUUGAUUGCAUAUUCGCGCUACAAAUUAACAUAAGGUCGCUGCGGAGCCCAAAAAUAGCAAACUGAACCAACAGAAUUCUGUACACCAGAAACUCGCAAACAAGAAAAGCACCAACAAACAUGCCAUCAAAUUUUUGUCAGAUUUGGUCUGACGCUUUUCCACGCAGAGGGAAAGUAUCCAUUUGUUGUUUGUUUUUCUUCUUCUUUUCUUGAUCAAGUCAAAACAAUUCCUAAAUGUUAAUGUUUCAAUCUCAUCUAGUGGAUCACGACGCAUGCCUCACAGCUCACCUAAAUCUGUUCUUCGAUUCACCAAGACGGGAUUCAAGAAUUCCUUUUUUCAUGUUUCUGCUUUCUUUGAAUUUCCCAGCCCCUUCUGCUGCAUCAUGCAAACUUGAGCAUCUGCUCGAAAAUAUUGCUGGUUGAUUUCAAAUUUUGCAGGUUUUCCUGGGCUUUACAUAUCACCGUGUGUGUAACUCCAACACAAUUCCCACAUUUUUCUUGGGAUUUUUGGGGAACACGCAGUCAAAAUCAAGAUUGUUGAUCAUUUCUCGUUUUUGUGCACAAUUCCGACAAUUUUGGCAGAAUUAUUGAGGUGGGCGGCCUAGAUUGUUGGUUAGAAGAAUCCAGAAUCCGUUGUUGAGGGAUGUAGUAUCAUCAAUAUGGUUAAGUUUUUGUGUUUGAAGGAGGAGAGAUGAAUUUGGUGUAAUGCAAUGAGAAGCAUUUUGCAGAAUUGGGAAGAUGAGGUUUCAAAUGAUAAUUAUAAGAGGAGGUUUUAUAUAUAUGGCGUUUUUGUUUGUGCUUUCGAUUACAGCGGCGAUGGGUGUGGAGAGCGAGAGGGAAGAGAGAGAAACCUUACUUGUUUAUUUGAUGGACGCAGGGGAGAUCAAUCAGGAAAUGGCUGAAUCACUACGGAGUGACUGCAGGAACGAGCUAUCACAUGCCAAGAAAACCUUGCAAGAUAUUGAGUUAUGUUUUAUGAAGGAGAGGUCAGUUAGUCGUGAGGAGCUUUAUGGCGGGUCGUCCAGAGUAAAGACGCAGGAUGCUCACAAUGUCAUGUGCCCUCAAGUUAAGAAGAUCCUUGUAGAUUGUUUACGGGAUAAAAACCUCGUGCUUCCUGUCACUGGAGAGAAGAAGGAUUCAGAUACCUGGUUGAGAUCUUUGCCAUCUUCUCCCAGACGGCGUGAGUUGGCCGAGAAAUCUGGAGAACCAUCUGAUCCACUCCCAACCAUCAUGCUUGCUGUCGGUGUAACUGCAUCCCUGACCUUUAUUGUUUCGAUUCUACUGUUUUAUUUCUGCUGUGCGGGUAGCUUUGCAGCAGGUCGAAACGAUGAGAGACCUCUCCUCAGCUUAACCUUAAGCGACUCCGUUGCCUCUUCGCGGAAGUCAUUAACUUUAGGAACAUCAACAAAUGAAGAGAAGCUCGGUAGUCAGUCCUUUAACAGCAGCUUGGGCCAUACGAAAAGCAGCGGAAACCUACACUUGGAAUCGCAUUCUCUAGGCCAUUUACACCAUAGCAGAAGCAGCGGAAACUUAUUGAUGGAGUCGAAUUCUAUGAACGAAGCACGGUCUCUCAACAGCUCGCAUUCUUUGAAUGAUGCACUUUCUCUGAGUAGCUCAAUCACUCUGAGCAGUUCUAAACAAGAGAAACCUCUUGGAACCCCUGCAGAUGAUGCUGCCACGGAAGCUUCCGCUCAAGCACCGCCUGGGGUGACGGGGACACCUAUAUUUCCUCCUCUAAAGCCACCUCCUGGAAGGAAAAUCCCUCCCAGCCCUCCUCCUCCACUUAGCUCAGCUCCUCCCCCACCCCCGGCUCUCACAGCCCCACCACCCCCAUCAGCAGCUCUGAGUACACCGAGUCCACUAGCUCCAACACCACCAGCACCCCCGGGUCUCAGAGCUCCACUGCCCCCGGCUCCCAUGAAUGCUCCUGGAGCACCACCACCCCCUAGAGCUCCUGCUGGUCCGCGUCCUCCAGGACCUCCACCACCUGGACCGCCUCCGCCACCUGGCCCCAGGGGAGGUGGUCCUCGCCCACCAGGACCCCCACCGCCUCCAGGUGUUGGCGGUCCUCCACGGCCUCCUGGCGUGAGGCCUCCUAGGGGUCCGGGUGCACAUCAUGCACCAAGCUCCUCCGUGGGAGAUCUUGAUAUCGGUGGUUCUAAGACGAAGCUGAAACCUUUCUUCUGGGACAAGGUGAAUGCCAGCGCUGAUGAUUCGAUGGUUUGGAGUCAGAUCAAAGGCGGAUCUUUCCAGUUCAAUGAAGAGAUGAUCGAAACACUAUUUGGAUAUGCCCCUACCGGUAAAAACAAGCUUCCUACAAAGAAAGAGGCUGCCCAAGAGGCUCCUAAGUUCAUUCAAAUAAUUGAUGCUAAGAAGGCGCAGAAUCUGUCGAUUCUACUCAAAGCAUUAAACGUGACUACAGAUGAAGUCCGUGAUGCACUUGAAGAAGGUAACGAGCUUCCUUCAGAACUUAUUCAGACUUUAUUAAAGAUGGCGCCUACUCAAGAAGAAGAACUGAAACUGCGACUCUUCACGGGCGAGUUGACCCAGCUAGGUCCUGCAGAACGCUUUCUAAAGGUCAUGGUCGAUAUUCCUUUUGCGUUUAAGAGGCUAGAGUGUCUUUCUUUCAUGGGCAUCCUUGAGGAGGAGUCAACAUCACUAAAAGAUUCUUUUGUUGUCUUGGAGGCUGCUUGCACAGAACUGCGGAAAAACAGAUUGUUUCUCAAACUUCUUGAGGCAGUUCUUAAAACUGGAAAUCGGAUGAACAGUGGGACGUUUCGUGGUGGUGCACAAGCAUUUAAGCUCGACACACUUCUAAAGUUAUCAGAUGUGAAAGGGAUAGACGGAAAAACCACAUUGCUGCACUUUGUUGUUCAAGAAAUAAUCCGAGGGGAAGGCAUAAGAGCUGCUCGAGCAGCUAGAGAGAUGCGGAGCAUGUCCAGCAUAGUGUCUGAAGAUCUUGACAAUGGUUCUGACCUAGAUUCAGAUGAGAAUUUAAGGAGCCUCGGUCUUCAGGCUGUGUCACGUCUGGGAAAUGAUCUCGAGCAUGUGAAAAGAGCUGCAAUUUUAGAUGUUGAUAGCAUAACCGGGACAGUUGCAAGGCUUGGCCAUGCACUUGUGAAAGCGCGGGAUUUUCUCAACACGGAUAUGAAGACCGUACAGGAAGAAGACAAGGGGUUUCAAGCCUCGUUGAAGAGUUUUGUGGAGAAUUCUGAGGGUAAUGUGAGGUGGUUGCUAGAGGAAGAGAAGCGAAUAACUGCACUCAUCAAGAGCACCGCGGAUUACUUUCAUGGAAACUCGGGGAAGCUAGAUGAAGGCUUGCGAUUAUUCUCAGUCGUUCGUGAUUUCCUUGUGAUACUAGAUAAGGUAUGCCUUGAAGUGAAAACCACACCAGCAAAGCCAAAGGAGGAAAAACCUAAAGAAGAGAAACCUAAAGAGGAGGAGAAGCCUAAAGAGGAGUUAAAACCUAAAGAGGAGGAGAAGCUUAAAGAGGAGGAGAAGCCUAAAGAGGAGGAAAAACCAAAAGAGGAGGACAACCCUAGUGAGGCAUCGACUACGAAAGAGGAUCCAGUUGCUGCACCUCCGCCCCCAGCUGCCAUAGCUAGUGGGCAUGCGGAUAGUUCAGAUGAUUCGGAUGAUUCAGACGAUUCAAGUUCAGAUGAGGAUACAUCAACUGCGAAAGAUGAUCCCGUUGCUGCACCUCAAAAACCAACUCCUCCAGUCCCAGCCAUACUUAGUACGCGUCCGGAUAGUUUAGAAGAAGAGGACAAGCUAAACACAUCAGCUGUUAAAGAAGAGAACCCUGCUAGUGCGUCAACUGCGAAAGAGGAUCCGGUUGAUACGCCUCCAGACUCUGAGAAGCCUACUCCCAGCAGUAGCUAGUAGGCUUCCGGAUAGUUGAGACGAAGACGAGGAUAAGGGUGAUGAUAGUUAACUCAGAAAAUAUGAAGAGCAAGUAAUCCUCAUCUUAGUUCAAUGCAACCUCUUUAUUGGCCUCAGGCAAGCUGAGGUCUAAGAGAAAGUGGUAGCAUCUCUUCUUUGAUUAGGGUGCUGACUCCUUGUGGAGUUGGGCAUAGAUGAUUUUUGGAAAGUGUAGAAAAUUUGUAUGUAUUAUUUCCCACUUGUGUUUGUAUCUUGUUGUAGCUUUGUGUUGUUUGUAAUUCUUGUUGUGCUUCUAUUAGAUUAUUAGGAUUAGGUUCCAAGAUCAGCACCUUUGUUAAUAUACAAAAUUUUGCUACAUGAUUCAAAUUUCAAUCAUC